AUGAAUCGAUGUACGAUAGAUACUGUGUACGCUAAUCAGCUAUAUCAUUCAGUGUAUCUAACCCCGGACUAUGUUGCUCGUGAGAUCCCCAACCAUGGAACCAAAUGCGACCUAGCCGUGUUCAUUUACCACCCACCUCGGCAAAUAAUGUACGCUGAAGAAGACAAUCUAGUGACGUGCUUCUUGCAUGCCUCAGUUGUCGUAAUCUACGGAGAUCGAGUAGAGCAAGUGGACAAGUUUUGUUAUUUGGGCAGCUACAUCUCACCCGGUGGAUGCAUUACGGAUGACGCGUCAGCUCGCGUACACAAGACUCGGUUGGCAUUUGCUAACUUGAGACAUCUGUGGCGCUGUCGCGACAUCCGACUGCCUGUGAAGGGUCGGGUGUAUACUGCGGCAAUUCGUUCAGUUCUGUUAUAG